CUUCUUCCAGCAAUGUGUCAAUGCCAUUUUUGUCGACGGUCGACCGCCUUGUCGAUACUCAUCGACAACUAUACCGCUGCUACGGGUGUGUCUGCGUAAAACGUUUCGUGGGAGGACGUAUAUACUUAUUCGAAACAAAUUCGACCUAUUCGGCCGCUAAUUUGCUCUGAUUAUCACGAUAUUUUCACAUUGCAGAAAAAUGACGAAUAAUCGAUUGGAUAUAGUGAUAUUUGGUGCCACUGGAUACACUGGAAAACACGUGGUAAAAAAUGCAACUCAAAUGUGCAAGGAUCAAAAAUUGAAGUUUGGCAUUGCUGGUCGUAGGAAAGAAGCUUUGGAAGCAGUCAUUAAGGAAUUUGCUUCAGAUAUUGAAGAUGUACCUAUUAUCCUAGCUGACACAAAAGAUGAAGAGUCUCUAAAAAAAAUGACAGCCCAAGCAAAAGUACUUAUUAGCUGUUGUGGCCCUUAUAUAUUUUAUGGAGAACCAGUCGUUAAAGCAUGUAUUGCUACUCACACUCAUUACAUUGAUGUGACUGGUGAAGUACAGUUCAUGGAGCAAAUGCAAUUGGAAUAUAAUGAAGCAGCGAAAGAAGCUGGCGUUUAUAUAGUGAGCGCUUGCGGUUUUGACUGUAUUCCUUGCGAUUUGGGAAUUAUUUUUUCACAGCAGAAAUUUGAAGGAGAAGUCAAUGCUAUUGAAAUUUAUAUGAACGUGUGGUCAACCAAUCCUGAGCAGAAAGGUUCAUAUAUAAAUUAUGCAACUUGGGAGUCGGCGGUACACAGUGUGGGUCAUAAAAACGAAUUACGGGAAUUGCGCAAAAAGUUAUAUUCUAAUUCCAAAUUGCCCGAACUUACGCCGAAAUUAAAAUCAAGAGGUCUAGUGCAUCGAAGCGAUGCUGCCAAAGGUUGGUCCACACCGGCUCCGACUGCUGAUCGUGCAGUAGCUGUUCGUACACAGCACUUUUUAUAUAACAAAUAUAAAGUUAGACCUGUACAAAUUCAAUUUUAUGCCACAUUUAAGACUUUCUAUGAAUUUCUGAUGGUAGCCAUUGUUGGUAUGGUCUUAUUAAUCAUGUCUCCCAUAUCAUAUGGACGUAAUUUGCUUCUAAAAUAUCCUGCUCUAUUUACAAACGGUUUUAUAACUCGCGAGAAUCCAAAUAUGGAAAAGCAUAAGUCAAUUCGCUUUGAUAUAACGAUGGUGGCUCGCGGAUGGACUGAAAAAUUGGCUGAACCUACUGACAAGCACACGGAUCUACCUAAUAAGAAAGUAAUCACCAAAGUUUCUGGCGAAUCUCCUGCAUAUGAACUGACCAGCGUUGUAGCGCUUUUAUCAGCUAUAACAAUUCUUAACGAAAAAGACAAGAUACCUGAUAACGGAGGAGUACUUACUCCCGGUGCUGCGUUCGGUAAAACAUCUCUGAUCGAACAAAUGGUUAAGCACAACGUUAAGUUCGAAGUGAUAUCUACCGAUGUGCGAAGUAAUCUGUAAAAGUAUAAAAAUUCUUUAUACGGUUUCUAUUGAUAAUAUUUUUUUUCUAACACUUCAUAAUUAUGUUCGAUUUUGGUAUUAACAUUUUUGUAAUUUUGGGUAAACUACGCUCUAUGCAUAUGUAUAUAUUUCAGAUAUUGGUAUUUAUGAUAUUUCAAGAGAAAUGUUUAUAAGAAAUGUAUAAAUGUUAUAUUUUAAUAAAAUUUACUUAUUGAAUGUUAUUAAUUAUUAUAUAUUAAAAAAUGAAAGUUUUACGAUAUAGGUACAGAAUGUUUCCUAAAAAAUGGACUUCAGUGCAGCAGCAGAUAUAAGUCACUAAAAAAAAAAUUCAUAUAAACAUGUCUUAUCUGAUUUUGUUUCACAGCACAGUCAUUUUUAUGCUUCAGUAAUGUGCAGUUGCUCUUCAUAACAACGUAUUUUGUCUGUCUUUAUUGUAGAGUGCUCUGCGUAUUCGAAAAUAUAUCUGCAGAAAAGUUUUUCAUGGUAGUAAUAAGCAUUAUUUGUGUCAUAAUACUAAAAUAUCUUUUAAUUAUCUUGAAAGCUUUCAGUCUCCGAGGCGUAUAUUUAUUUAUUUAAUUCAAUCUCUUGCACAUAUUUAAGUAUUUAAUAUUUUAAA